AUGGUACAAGGCUGGUUGUCUCCUAUGAUCUCGGUGCUGCAGUCACCUUCGGGACCAGCACCAGUUCCUUACACUAGUUCAGAUAUUUCUUGGAUGACGUCCGUAACUUACAUCACAGCUAUAAUUUUCGGAGCUCCGAUGGGCUAUCUCACUGACAGAUAUGGAAGAAAAAUCAUGGCUUUGAUCACUACAUUGUCUUUAAUCCUCUACUGGCAAAUCAAGCUGCUGUGCAUUCGUCCUUGGGCGUUGAUCCUAGCGCGUGCUAUAGCCGGCAUACCAUGCUCAGCUUGCUACAUAGUGCUGCCGAUAUAUUUGAAGGAAAUAAGCGACAUCGAUCUAAGAGGUGCGCUUGGUUCGUUGCUGAUUUUAAACAGGAAUAUUGGCUACCUAGCUAGUUAUGUUUUUGCGGAUUUACUCGCUGUCAACACGAUGCUAUGGAUCGGUCUGUUGGUGCCUACUUUAGUAUUAUUUAUAUUUCUCGUGAUGCCGGAGACACCAGAGUUUCUUGUCAAACAAGGAAAGAUUGAUGAAGCCAAAACAGUGUUAGCAUGGCUUCGAGGUAUAAGCGUCAUGGAUCGAUCUCUUGAACAGGAUAUAGACAACAUCGUGAAUGUGGAAAAACAGACCCAGGCUGACAGCAAAUCUGUUUGGGGAAUUAUUUUACGAGACAGAGCAGCGUUUAAAGCGUUCAUAAUAACCCUGGUUAUUAAGAUAACUCAACAAUUCGAUGGUUACCUCAUAGUAUUGAUAUACGCUGGCUUCGUGUUUGAGAGGGCGUCGGAAUCCAUCAGUCUUAAACUGAGUCCCAACAAGCAAGUCAUGAUGAUAGGAGUAGUGCAACUAUUGGGAUCCAUUGUAGCUACGUGCAUAGUGGAAAAAACAGGGAGAAAGCUUCUGUUAGUGGUGACGUCACUGGUGGUAGGUGCGGGCAUGUUAGUACUCUCUGGUUGGUUCUAUCUCACCAGUAAUGGCACCUGGUUGCCAGGCUGGCUGCCCGUGGUUGCCAUGUGUAUGUGCAUCUUCGCUGAUGCAGCGGGCUUCCAACCGAUAUCAUACAUCAUCAUCACCGAUCUAUUUAGUUUCCAGCUCCGAGGAACGGUGUCGUCUUUCGCUAACAUAUGCGCUAAACUCAGCAACUUCGUACAAAUGAAAUGGUUCACUAAAAUAGCAGAACUCAUCAGCAUACACUGGACCUUCUUAUUCUUCGCCAUAGUCUGUUUCGGUGCAUCAUUAUACACUGUGAUCGUCUUCCCGGAGACCAGGCAUAAAACCGUCGAAGAAAUAUACGAAAAAUUAUCAAAGAAAGAUAAUAAAGACAAAAUAAAGGCUGUGCCAUAG